AUGUCUGAAUUCAAAGCUGCUAAAGAUCAUUUAGUUUCUACAUUAUUUGAAUUAUCAAAAGGUGCUCAAAAUGCUGCAAGUGCUGCAUUAGAUUUUUAUAAAGUAGCAGCUGGUGGUCAUGAUGAAGUUACAGUUGAACAAUUACAAGCAAUUAAUGAUCAUAUGAAAGCUGCUGCUGAUAUUGCAAAUGGUUUAAAAGUUGAUGGUCCAGCAUCCAAAAAAAGAAAAGUUGAAAAAGAUCCAAAUGCUCCAAAAAAACCAUUAACUAUGUUUUUUGCUUUUAGUUUUUUCAUUCGUAAAAAAGUUGCAGAAGAAAGAAGAAGACAACAAUUACCAAAUUUAGGAGCUAUAGAUAUGAAUCAAAUGGUUAAAGAAAGAUGGGAUAAUAUUUCAGAUGAAGAAAAAGCAAAAUGGCAACAAAAAUAUCAAGAUGAAAUGAAAUUAUAUAUAGUUGAAAAAGCAAAAUAUGAACAAAGUUUGAAAGAUGGUACUCCUUAUAAAGCUCCAACUAAUUUAUAUUCAAGUGGUUAUGAAGGUGCAGAUGAUAUUCAAACUCCUGCAAUUGAAGCUGUUAUUGAAGAUGAAGAUGAUGAAGAAGAAACCGUACCUCAACAACAAGCUCAACCAGUUUUAUCUCAAGAAGAAUUGAAAAAGAAAAGAAAACAAGAAAAGAAAGAAAAAAAAAAAAAAGCUCAGGCUUCUCCAUAA